UUAAAUCGACACAUGAGGAUCCACACUGGACAGAAACCAUUCACAUGCACUCAGUGUGGAAAGAGUUUCAGCCGAUCAUCACACCUUAAUGAACACAUGAGGAUCCACACUGAAGAAAAAACAUUCACAUGCACUCAGUGUGGGAAGAGUUUUAACUGCUCAUCACACCUUAAUAAACACAUGAGGAUCCACACUGGAGAAAAACCAUUCACAUGCACUCAGUGUGGGAAGAGUUUCAACCAAUCAUCAAACCUUAAUCAGCACAUGAGGAUCCACAGUGGAGAGAAACCAUUUACAUGCACUCAGUGUGGGAAGAGUUUCAGCCAAUUAUCAUCCUUUAAUCUACACAUGAUGAUUCACACUGGAGAGAAACUAUUCACAUGCACUCAGUGUGGGAAGAGUUUUAUCUGCCCAUCACACCUUAAUAAACACAUGAGGAUCCACACUGGGGAGAAACCAUUCACAUGCACUCAGUGUGGGAAGAGUUUCAGCCAAUCAUCAAACCUUAAUCAGCACAUGAGGAUUCACACUGGAGAGAAACCAUUUACAUGCACUCAGUGUGGAAAGAGUUUUAACUGCUCAUCACACCUUAAUAAACACAGGAGGAUCCACACUGGAGAAAAACCAUACACAUGCACUCGGUGUGGGAAGAGUUUUAGCCAAUCAUCAAACUUAAAUCAACACAUGAGGAUCCACACUGGAGAGAAACCAUUCACGUGCACUCAGUGUGGAAAGAGUUUUAACCGAUCAUCAUCCCUUAAUGAACACAUGAUGAUUCAUACCGGAGAGAAACCAUUCACAUGCACUCAGUGUGGGAAGAGUUUUGGAAGAAAUUUCGAUCUUAAGAUUCACAUGAUGAUUCACACUAAAGAGAACCCAUUCAGAUGCACGCAUUGUGGGAAGAGUUUUAGCCAAUCAUCAUACCUUAAUCAACACAUGAGGAUCCACACUAGAGAGAACCCAUUCACAUGCACUCAGUGUGGGAAGAGUUUCCACCGAUCAUCAUCCCUUAAUAAUCACAAGACGAUCCACACUAGAGAGAAACCCUUUACUUGCACCCAGUGUGGAAAAACCUUUAACAACUCAUCACACCUUUAUGAACACAUGCGGAUCCACACUGGAGAGAAACCAUUUACAUGCACUCAGUGUGGGAAGAAUUUCAACCAAUCAUCAAACCUUAAUCGACACAUGAGGAUCCACACUAGAGAGAAACCAUUCACCUGCACUCAGUGUGGGAAGAGUUUCAUCCAAUCAUCAUACCUUAAUGAACACAUGAUGAUCCACAUUGGAGAGAAACCAUUCACAUGUACUCAGUGUGGGAAGAGUUUCAGCAAAUCAUCAUCGCUUUAUAGACACAUGAAGAUCCACACCGGAGAAAAACCAUUCAUAUGCACUCUGUGUGGGAAGAGUUUCAGCCAAUCAUCAUCCCUUAAUCUACACUUGAGGAUCCACACUGGAGAGAAACCAUUUACAUGCACUCAGUGUGGGAAGAGUUUCAACCAAUCAUCAAACCUUUAUCUACACAUGAGGAUCCACACUGGAGAGAAACCAUUCACAUGCACUCAGUGUGGGAAGAGUUUCAGCCAAUCAACACAUCUUAAUCUACACAUGAGGAUCCACACUGGAGAGAAACCAUUCACUUGCACUCUGUGUGGGAACAGUUUCAGCCAAUCAUCAUCCUUUAAUCAACACAUGAUGAUUCACACUGGAGAGAAACCAUUCACAUGCACUCAGUGUGGGAAGAGUUUCAGGAUAUCAUCAUCGCUUUGUAGACACAUGAUGACCCACACGAUAGAAAAACCAUUCACAUGCGCUCAGUGUAGGAAGAGUUUCAGCCAAUCAUCAUACCUUAAUAAACACAUGAGGAUCCACACUAGAGAGAAACCAUUCACUUGCACUCAGUGUGGGAAGAGUUUCAGCCAAUCAUCACACCUUAAUCUACACAUGAUGAUUCACACUGGAGAGAAACCAUUCACAUGCACUCAGUGUGGGAAGAGUUUCAUGAUAUCAUCAUCGCUUUGUAGACACAUGAUGACCCACACGAUAGAAAAACCAUUCACAUGCGCUCAGUGUGGGAAGAGUUUCAGCCAAUCAUCAUAUCUUAAUAAACACAUGAGGAUCCACACUGGAGAGAGUCCAUUCACAUGUUCUCAUUGUGGAAAGAGUUUCAGCCACUUAUCACAUUGUAAUAAACACAUGAAGAUCUCUCGGUGUGAGAGAGUAUGUGUGCUUGGAGCAGAGUUGAAACGGCACCAGAGGAUUCACACUGGAGAAAAACCGUACAAGUGUUCACAGUGCAGCAAAAGGUUUACUCACUCAGGAACCCUGAAAACACAUGAGAGGAUUCACACUGGAGAGAAACCGUAGACAUAAUCAGUGUCUUCAGUUUCACUCAUUCUGGGCAGCUUCAGAGACACAUGGGAUGGAUUCUGGUAUGGUGUCGACAGUGUAGCAGCCUAGAAAGAGCACUACCAUACACACAGGCAUUAAUCCCUCUUUUUACAUCAUAUAUGAUAACCUAAACCAUAUUUAUGUAACAUGGAGGGGGACAAAAACAAAAAGGCUAAGACAAAACAAACAUUGAAACCUGAAAAAAAUGGAAAUCCACAGAUGAAAAAUCUGAGACAGACGGGAUAGCUGAUGUGGCCUGUCAGCUUGCAUUGCAGCAAUACAUACAGACAUCAAAACUUUCUGGAUGGAUAUAAAAUCCGAUUUAACCGCCUUCCAAGAUUCUCUCGCAAAAGACGUGAAAAUGGAACUAAGUAACUUUAAAUAAGAAGUCUGUCAAAAACUUUAUGGCCUCAUUACGGACCUUAACACAACGGCAGAAAAGGUCAACGAAGCGGAGCAGCGAGUUGGAGAAUUUAAGAAGAACGUUGCUGAGAUGAAAGAAAUGCUCAAAUCAUCCAAAUUCAAGAAAAUUUACAAGAGAAACUGUAAAAUCUAGAAACACGCUCCGUAGCAAUAAUAUUCAGAUUUUUGGCAUCCCGGAAGGAAGCGAAGGGAAUAAUAUCCAAGACUUGAUGGAAACGAUUAUUAUAAUGGCGCUGUUAUUUGAUGAAUUGGACCUUAAAAUCCAACAGUGUCACCGGGCACUCGGACCAAAACCACCUGCUGACGCACAGCCUAGAUCAGCAGUGGUAUUCUUCCUGGAAUACAAAACAAUGAACCUGGGGCCUCAUGUAUCAACACAAAAACCUAAAAACUUUGCUUUACUAAUGAUGAAAUAAUGUGGGAAUGUGUGCAGAUCCACCCAACUUCAUGCCUGGCGUAUGCACAUUUCUUGUGUGUGUUUGUUUUAUUUCCAUUGGUGACUCCUAGAGGCAGUUGUGCUAAAUUGCACUCUACAAAGUGUCUUUGAGCCGUGCAAUGGCAGCUGUAUGAGACAGGUUCAUCUGCAUGUCUAGCAGUUAUAUAAGUGUAACAUAUAUGCUGGAGAUAAACAUUUCGUUCAACAUUCCAUGAAAAUGAUCUGGUUUCAAUUUUCCGGGGGAAUUUAGGUCAUUCGGUGACAAAAAGUCUGGCCUAAAAAAAUUCCUGCUGACAAGUAACGAGUUUGGGACGUUCCACAGAACAGUCCUGAAGUACUCUCUGCCGACUUCAAAGGGACAUGGCAGAUAUCUCUCUCUGUUCGUACAUGUUUUAUAGUCCCGUAUAGAAAAAUUCUGAAAGAAAAGGGGAUUAAGUUUCAAACACCACCGCCGGCGAAACUUAAAAUCUUUCUGGAAAACAGGGCGGUCAUGUACAUUUCAAUGACGGGGCAUCAAGAGAUCUGAAAGAAAAAGGACUGAUAAACAGUAAAGAAACUAUUAUAGGAAUCUCUGGGAAAGUGAAACAAAGACUUUGGCAAAAGGUUGGAGUGACAUCAAAGAAAAGUUAGGAAAAACAUCAAGCGAACAUCAGGGAAAAGCUAUGUUAAUUUCCAUGGGUCAACACUAGCUCCAUUUGAAAGAAGGGUAACAUCUGACAGAUCCUAACAAAGAACUCUGAGAGGCUGGUAAAAAUUCUUGACUUGAUUCACAGAUGAUGGACAUUUAAAUCAUUUGAAGGAAGAAUAGUAUUUAACCGAACUGACCAACGUCACAAGAUGAACGAUUAAAGCACACCAAGACUCGAGUCACUGAGUAACAUACUGGUAGGAAGACAUAAAGGGAUUCUAAUUUAUACACCUAAAAUCCCUUGCUGUAAUUAGAAACAUUUAACUUGAAAACCUAGCCAGAAAUCCAAGAAUAUGUUUUUGCCAGAUAUGGGUGCUGAAUAUAUUCAUUAAUUUUUUUUGUGCAAUAGGCACAGCAAGGAGAAGGGGCCCUUUAGAGAAGGAAGACUUUCCCCUCACAUUAAGAAGUUAUUUUAGACUUUAAGGUUUGAAGACCUUUUUCAUUAUGUUUUUUUUAUUAUUUUUUUUAUGUGGUUCAAGAUAUUCAUAAAUUCGAUUAAAAGAAGCAAACUUGUGGCUAAAAUGAAAAGAGAAAAGCAAUAGAUAAUCUUCUGGCAAAAGACACAUCUUUGAUACAGAACAUAAGAAAUUAAAUAAAAUGGGUUUUAAGGUUUUUUUUUUCUUCAUAUAACAAUGGUCAUAAAUAAGGAGUAAUUAAUCUCAACAUUAAUCUCAAAUAAAAUCAACUUCCAAUUAAUAUCGGUUACAUUUUACAAUAAGGUUCAUUAGUUAUAUACAACUUAAACUCUAACAUUGUAUUUUCUGCUACAAACAUUUCUAUAAAGUCACUUUCUUUGUCAUUUAAUAAGAAAUAUUCCCGUAAUAACCUGAAUGACAUUUUCUAUUUGUUUUUAAAUAAAAUCCAUACAUCUACUUUUCUUUUUUCAAAAUGUAAAAAAAUAUUCCCUACUUUGCCAUAAUACAUUCUUUACAAUUGUUAUACAUAAAUUAAAAACAGUCAUAUUGCAACCUUUAACAUCGUAACCAAAUAAAAAAAUUUUCUCCCAUU